GUCUGUGGUGUGAGUUCGAAUCCCACUGCUGCUACCUUUUUAUCGGCUGCCGUUGUUUAACAGAGAUCAGCGUUUCGUAUGGUAAUUCCGGUAAUGCCAUAUACAGGGAGCUCGUGCAUCACGUUUGUCCGAAGAGGUGGGUUCCCAAGCUGCAAAUUCCGUGCAACAUCGACAGUCCCAAAAACAUAAGGUUGCGGCUUGCGGUGCACAACAAGUUAGAGACCAGACAAAUAACGAACGUCAUAGGAAUCAUCAACGGAACGCUCGAAAGAGAUCGUAUUGUUCUUGUUGGCAAUCACAUGGACUCGAUCAGCACGCAUUCUGCAGCGGAUCCUUUCCUUGGCAUCAGUCAGCUUCUGGAGGUCACUCGCGUCUUCGGGAUGCUGCACAAGGAAGGUUGGACGUCGCAGCGCUCUGUGGUGUUCGCCCUGUGGGAUGGAGAAGAACAGGGCAUUCUGGGCUCAACAGAGUGGGUAGAGGAGAACAUGGCCGCCCUCAGAUCCCGCGCCGUUAUCUAUAUAGGAACCAAAAUGCUCACUGGGGACAAGUUCCAUCCCAUGUCGUCUCCCGCUGUAUCCGCCUCAGUGCGCGGCGCGGCGUCUUUGGUCCCGCACUAUAAGAAGAAGGGGAAGACUCUGCUGGAUAUGUGGGCGGCGGACUCUGAGGUUGAGAAGAACAGCAAAAACCGACCCAUGACAUGGCCCGUGAUGGGACGCUCCGACGAUGCUCCGUUCGCCUUCAGCGCCGGCGUCCCAACAGCAUUUCUUAUGUUCCUGUACCGACACAACAUCACGAACUUAUACCCGGCUUACCACACCGCGUACGACACAUUGGAGCUUGUGGAAAAGUAUCUCGAUCCCAAGUUCCGAGUAAGCCGCAUGUCGGUUCAACUUAUCGCCUCCCUAGUACGUCUCUGGGCGGACCGAAGACUAUUGCCCUACGAACUGCGGGAGCUGGCUUUCCACGUAAGGACUGGUCUCGACACGUUCAUUAUCAGACACGGCAGCGACAUCGCAACACACAACCUCGAUAUGAGCGCUCCCCUGAAAGCUGCCCGGUACCUUUCUGAGAUCACAGAGGGCUUCAUGGAAUGGACUAUGAGGAUACGACGGUUGAACCCUCUAAAAAUCCGUAUCGCCAAUGACAUCAUGAUGGAAGUGGAAAAGUUGUUCAUCAACCCUGGAGGAAUUCCCACCAGAGACCCCACGUUAAGGAAUCUCGUUUUCGCCCCGGAAGGAGUUCUCUUUCCUGGGAUAGAAGACGCCAUCACCAAGAGACCUUUUAACGCGGACGCCUUUGGACUUCAGACAGCGCUCCUCACCGAAGUGAUAUGUCAUGCAGCUCAGCACCUGGUCGUGUCACCGCUUUGAUAAAACCACAAAUAAAGAGAUCGACUCAA